AUGGCCGAAAUGAGCGGCGCAUUACCUCGAUUAGUCGACGAGCUCGGCGGAGUAGAAGAACGGAGGUUUCCUAUCGAAGCAAAGGCAAUGGAUGAACCCAGCAUGCGAACUGUGUCUUCUUCUUGCUUUUCUAUAAGAGGGUUUAGAGGCCGGUAUGGAUGCCGUCAACUGAUCAAACGGAACUCUCAACUAUGGGUUCCUAAAUCCUCUUCUUCUUUUGACUCGCCGCAAGAAGCCGCUUUUCCUCCGCCUGAUGACUCGCAAUUCUGCGAAGGCGCGAAAAGCACUGUUAUGAUUAAGAACAUCCCCAACAAGAUCAGUAGAAAGCAGUUGUUAGACUUGCUUGAUCAACAUUGUCGUGUUCAGAACCAGAAGAUUAAGGACGAAGGCUCUGUUACUGCAUCUUCUGAGUUUGACUUCCUUUACCUCCCAAUGGAUUUCAUAAGCGGUAAUAAUCUUGGCUAUGCGUUCGUCAACUUCACAAGUUCUGUGGCUGCUAAGAGGCUCUAUCAAGACAUGCACAUGAUGCCUUGGAACACAUUCGGCUCUCGCAAGAUUUGCGAGAUUACCCACGCGAAGAUUCAGGGCUUGGAAGAACUUGUGAAGCAUUUCAGGCGAUCUCUGUUCACCUGCUCGUCAACCGAGUAUCUUCCAGUCCAGUUCCAGCCUAGUCGUGAUGGUUCUUGUGACCCUGCUGAACAAUUAGUUGGGAAACUCGCUCAACUUUCUCUUUCUUGA